GUUCCCUGAGGGCGGCAGGUGGGACGGCGGUCUGCUUGAGAUGGCACAGCACUAUGCUGGUCUCAUCAGGGGCCGCCUGGCUGGUCGCUCAGAGUGUCUCGUCGGAGGAUGGUCUAUUGGGGGAGUAAUCGCCUUCGAAGUCGCGAGACAGCUGAUCGCGUCUGGUACCAGCGUGCCUGGCCUCGUCCUCAUCGACUCGCCUGAUCCAGAGACGACCACUGCGCUCUCCGAUGAAGUCCUCGACGCGGCAUUCUCGACGAAGAGUUCGCCUAGCCGUGCUAUGGAGCUUGCCCGCUUGUCUAUCCAGCACGCGACAGCGGCGCUGGUCGACUACGACCCUUGGUCAUCGCCUGCGAGGCAUGUCUUGCUGGCGAAGGCUGUCAUUCUGCGCUCACGCGAAGGAUUCUUUGUCAAGAACGCCAAGUUAGGCGUUCAGCCGGACGCGUUCUUAGGCGACAGAGCUAGCCCCGAGACGAUCAUCCGUGGAUGGGAGAAGAUCCUUGGUAUCAGGGUUCCUGUACUCGACAUUCCCGGAAAUCACUUUGAAGUAUUUGAUCGCCGCUACGUCGGCGAAGUCUCGAACAGACUCCUUGAGGCACUGCGAAUGCUAUAAACAUUGUCACACUAGCCACUCCUUCCCGUACCUUCUGUAUUGUAAUGCUAUCUCAUAUACUCGCGUGUAGAUGUAUCGAUA